CGCGCGCACUGAUGACGUCAGUAUGUCUUGACGACAACAAACAUGGAGGAGUAUGCCCGUGAACCUUGUCCCUGGAGGAUAGUGGACGACUGUGGGGGGGCUUUCACCAUGGGCGCCAUCGGUGGAGGGGUCUUCCAGUCGAUCAAGGGCUUUCGUAAUGCCCCUGUGGGUGUCCGUCACAGGCUGAAAGGUAGUGCCAAUGCUGUGAGAAUAAGAGCUCCACAGAUCGGAGGCAGCUUUGCAGUGUGGGGUGGGCUCUUCUCCACAAUCGACUGUGGUUUGGUGCGUCUGCGAGGGAAAGAGGACCCCUGGAACUCCAUAACAAGUGGCGCGCUGACCGGGGCCGUCCUGGCAGCUCGCAGUGGACCUUUAACUAUGGUGGGCUCUGCCAUGAUGGGGGGGAUUUUGCUAGCUCUGAUUGAGGGCUUUGGGAUACUCCUUACCAGAUACACUGCACAGCAGUUUCAGAAUCCAAAUCCGUUUGCAGAAGACCCCAGCCAGCUGCCUCCAAAGGACGGCAGUCAGCAGCAGGGGGCACAAGGGCAGUUCCAGUAGAGGCAGCAGGGCCUGAGCUGGGCUGUGGACACGACAAGGGGGGCACUCAGACACCAACCUGGCUAUCAGGAAGACCGGGAGGUGGACACAUUGGUCCUUAGCCCCCCAGUGGUGUCAAAUAGUUGCACUAUACGCUUAUACCUCAGGGGCGAAUUACUGUCAGUUGUAGUUAUUUCUAAUUAUUUAUAAAUGAAUGUUUGUAUGUGCACUAGUGGUCCUCCUGACAACAAAUGUAAUGAUGAUUGCACCAACAGCAUUUCACACAUUUGCUAUAUCUUUUUUUUUUUUUUUUUUUUUUUAACCAGUGCAAUCUCUACGGUAAUGAAUUCUGUUUGCGGUGACAUUUUGGGGUCAAAAUAUGCAACGAGGAACAUUUUACAGAUGAGAUCCAAGUCAGUCAUUCACCUUGAACAACGGGUAUGAGUGAAGCUCUUCAAUCUUAAUUUUAUACACAAAAAAUUCCCUAAACAGUAUGCCCAGUGUUUUGAUUGUUCCAAAGUACAAAUGUAGUUGUGUGUGAGUGACAAGCAAAUGGCACGUCUGUGAUAUUUUAAUAUGUUUGCUCAGAGUGAGGCUUUACCACAUAGUAGUCCAUAGCUGAGUUUGAGAAGUGUUUCAGCUGUGUCUGUUUUUUAAUUAUGUGUGUUCAGGAUAGUCUAGCUAGCCCUAGGACUAAUUCCAUUAUAUUUUUUCCUUUUGACUUUCCUGUAAGACCUAUUGCCUCACCUGGCAGCUUUCAUCAUUUUGAACCUCUGUUGAAUUGUUAUCUGAUAUAAUAGAACACAUGAGCACUAUAUUUCAUCUUCUCUUCAUCAAUCAACAUGGAUGGCUGUAGUUUCUAGACCUCAUGGCUUAAUUUACUGUCUGACAUGUAUUUUUGUGUUGUUGCUCAGCCUGUGCACCCCUCACCAUGCUGAUUUCUGCACUAUCCCAUCAAGCAACAAAGCACUUUGUAAUUUCUAAAUUGGUGGCAAAUGCAUCUGGUAGACAGAUGAUGAUUCUAUUUUGUGCUGUUUAAAGUAUGUAUAAAAUGAUGAUAUAUUUAUUGUGUUGAUGUAUUUAUCAUGCAGAAUUUGACAAACUCAAUAAAGGCAUCCGUUGCUCUUCA